AGCGCGAAAUGAGUUCCUUCAGAGCCGCUGUGAUUCCGGAUAAAUCUGUCUGAAAGGACAAACACGGAAGAUUUCCUGCUGAAUCGAUAUUUAUAUAAAUGUUUAUAUCUUUAUCCGCCGGCCUACAAACAGCCAGUUAGCUUAGCAUGCUAGCUGGUUAGCACCGCGGCUCGUCUGAGACAAACUGAGAAGUGAAGAAAAAGUUGGUGUCACUGUGUGAAAAAUGUCUAAAGUCCAAACGGUGAGAGCGCUGGUGGAGCAGCGACUGACUGCGGCUGCUGAAGAGAUAUUUGGGCUGUUUGAAAGAACGAUAGCAGAGUACGAGGAGCAACUUUGUCGUUCAAAAGAGAAGAACGAGCGACAACAGAAACUACUGGACGCUGUUUUCAACCCUCAGAUUCAGCUGAACAGAGCAGACAUCCAGCAGCUGCUGGUGGUUAAAGAGGAGAUUCCCUCUGAGCAGCAGGAGAGGAGCUCCACUCUAGACCAGGAGGACCCAGAGCCCCCACACAUUAAAGAGGAACAGGAGAAACCUUGGACCAGUCAGCAGGGAGAGCAGCUUCAAUGGCUGGAGGAGGCUGAUAUCACCAAGGUUACAUCCACUCCUGUCCCUGUGAAGAGUGAAGAAGAUGAAGAGAAACCUCAGUCCUCACAGCUUCAUCAAACACAAACUGAACAGUUGAAAACAGAAACUGAUGGAGAGGACUGUGGAGAACCAGAACCAGACAGGAACUCUGAUCCAGAUCCACAUUUACAACCUGAUACAAAUCAACAGCCGGGAGACUCUUCUGAACCUGAGACUGAUGACAGUGCUGAUUGGACGGAGACCGAAGAACAUCAGUCAGGUUUAAACUGUUUGAAAAAAGAUGGCGGCCCUGUCGCAGAUUCCAGAUUGAGGGCUGGAAAGAAAUCUUUCAGCUGCUCAUUGUGUAAUAAAUCUUUCACAGAGAGGGGGAGUUUAAAGCGACACAUGAGUUGCCACACAGGAGAGAAACCUUUCAGCUGCUCAGUGUGUGGUAAAAGUGUUAGUAGGAGUGCUUAUCUGAAGCAACACAUGAGAUUUCACACAGGAGAGAAACCUUUCAUCUGCUCAGUAUGUGGUAAAGGUUUCAGUAGUGGUAAGGAUAUGACGCGACACAUGAGAGUUCACACAGGAGAGAAACCUUUCAGCUGCUCAGUAUGUGGUAAAAGUUUCAGUAUGCCUCAGAAUCUGAAGGCACACAUGAGAGUUCACACAGGAGAGAAACCUUUCAGCUGCUCAGUGUGCGGUAAAGGUUUCAGUAGUGGUAAGGAUAUGACGCGACACAUGAGAGUUCACACAGGAGAGAAACCUUUCAGCUGCUCAGUAUGUGGUAAAAGUUUCAGUAUGCCUCAGAAUCUGAAGGCGCACAUGAGAGUUCACACAGGAGAGAAACCUUUCAUCUGCUCAGUAUGUGGUAAAGGUUUCGGUAGUAGUCAGAAUCUGAAGAAACACAUGAGAGUUCACACAGGAGAGAAACCUUUCAGCUGCUCAGUGUGCGGUAAAGGUUUCAGUAAGAGUGCUUCUCUGAAGCCACACAUGAAAGUUCACACAGGAGAGAAACCUUUCAUUUGCUCAGUAUGUGGUAAAGGUUCCAGUAGUCGUAAGGAUAUGAUGCGACACAUGAGAGUUCACACAGGAGAGAAACCUUAUAGCUGCUCAGUUUGUGAGAAAUCUUACAAAGGUUCGCACAAUUUAAAGAGACACAUGAGACACCACAAAGGAGAGAAACCUUUCAGCUCCUCAGCCUCCAGUCAGCAGUCCAGAGGAAGAGAUGCAAAGAGAAUCUGAUGGAGAGGACUGUGGAAGACCAGCAGCAGCCAGGAACUCUGACUGAUGACGGGUGGUUGGAAGUAAACCAGAAAACUCAGUCUGCUGUAAAUUCUUAGAAAAAGGUCAGAGAGGAUAAAGUCUUUUUAUAAAGCCAUUGGACUUUUCAGAGGGUGCGGUGGAUUCAGUUUGAAGGCUACUUAAGUUGCCAUCUCUUGUUGGGAAGGGGGUUAAAUAUUUGUCCAUGAAACAUAUUUAAAUAACAAACAGGCAUUUUUUUUAUUAGACACAAACAUAACAAUUCAAAGAAAAAUAAAUACAAUGUAUAGUGAAACAAACAUACCAAAGAAUAUAUUUGUUAUAUAGUGCUCCUCUUUUUCAUUCUAUUUUAACGAGUGAAGAUUUUCAAGUCAUUUUUAAAUUCCACAGAUGUUUGAGUAACUUUUAAUACAUCUACAUUUGUGUAAAUAAAAUGUACCCACAAUCAAAAUAUGAAA